AUGGUGCAUCUAAGAUUUACUGGUGCGUCCGAUAGUCGCUCGAGCAAAUCACGAGAGACUAUAGGCGAUGUGAUACAUGGCAAGGCCAUCACUACGAAGUUAUCUCUUCCAAAAAUUCGAACUAUCAUUAAGAAGUUAAAUCCUAGACAGAGGGACUUGGUGAGGGCUUGCGGAUUUGGGACAAUGCUGGAUAUUAAUUGCUCUCAGUUGCCAAGGGAUUUGGGAGUUCGCCUAGCGAUUUGGUUUGAUUGUGACAGUCGAACUGUAAAUGUUCCAAAUGUUGGCAGCUUCGAGAUAAACCCAUUCACAGUCCACCAGAUUCUCGGUAUACCAUUGGGUGGUCGGUUAAUUGACAAGAUAGCAACAAGUGAGGCCAGGAGGGUCAUUGCUGAAGACACCGGAAUACAUUCUACUGGGCCUAGCAUUUCACACCUGAUGAAGUUAUUGUCCAAUGACCUCACUGAUGAAAAGUUCCUUAGAAUCUUCAUGCUCAUUUUACUGUCAACCUUCCUGUGUCCAACCAGUCACUCCUGUGCGAGCCCGGACUACUUCAAUGGCAUUGUUGCCACUGAUGAUAUCGCCAACUAUGACUGGUGCAGCUUUGCAUUAGACUGGUUAGUGGAAAAGAUCGGACAGUUUCAGAUCUCCUUGUCCAAGCCAACCGUGAAAGGUAAAGAGCAGUCUAUCUCUCUUGGAGGAUGCUUGAUGAUUCCUUUGGUAAUGUUCUUUGAUUAUCUCGAUCUAAAAGGAACAAAGAUUCGCAACUGCAUCCCACGGUUACCAGCUUGGGAUGAUAAAGCCAUCAGCGCGUUUGACAAUAUAAAUUUUGCACAACUAAAGUUCAAAGACAUAACUAAAACAUGUUUCAUGGAAAAGCCAUCAUGUAUUCCAUCGUCUCAUUCUUUGCCAAAUGGAGUUGCUCAGUUCAUCGACGGACUUAUCCCAUCUGAUGAUGAUUUCAGGGCAAAGAUGAAGGAGAUGUGCGCCGAAUUUUACAAGACGUCAAUGGAUGCAUGCUUUAAUGCACUACAGCCAGUCCUCGCAAAGCAGAUGUGCACAAUGGUUGAAACUAUUCAGAACCAGGUCAAUAACAGAGCUUCAUCAUCUUCAACACCACCAGUCAAUGAACUGACCUGCAAGGAAUGUAAUUCACAGAAAUGCACAAUGCGGGAUGGUGUAUCCGCCACACCGCUCCAAACAGUUAUAGAUGCAGAGUUUCACAAUCCUUCAGUGGGUCCAGCACUGGGUACGGUAGAGAGCACUGGUGGUGGUGAUAUAUUUCAUUACGACCCAAAUGAUGAAGAUGUGAUAAAUGGCCUGCUGCAAUUAUGCCGCCAUGAAGGAUCUGUUAUGGGGGAUACACCUUUUGGUGCCCUCGUUGCUGACCAACCUGUUGUUGCCAUGUCAAGUGAGCAAGAUUUUGGUACGGAGGAUUCGCCAUCAGCUGCUACUGAAGUUGGGCACCCAGAAAGCAAUCAAAUUUCUGCCGCUGAAUGCUCCAGGGCCUCCAAGAGGCAGAAGUCACAUUGA